GAUUUCUUAGACGUUAAAAACCCGGCGCGACACGGGACCCCGGCAACGCCAAUACGAAACGGAAAGUUUCAGAGAGCGAGAGGGGAAGGGAGGGAGAGGGAAAGGAGGAGGCGGCGGCGGAGGAGGAAAUGACCCCGGAGGCGGCGGAGGUGUCGACGGCGGCGAGGAGCAGUUGUAGUAGUCCUGCGGCAGCGGAGGAGGGGGAGCGGCGGAGGGGGGAGAGCGAGAGCGAGGGGGAGGAGGCCGGGGUGGCGGCGGUGCUGGACUUCGACAUGCUGUGCGCGUCCGUGGCGCUGUCGGCGGAGCGGAGGAAGGGCGCCGCCGCGGCGGAGGCUGCCGGCGACUGCGGCGGCGGAGGCGGAGGUGGCGUACAGAGGAUGUGGGAGGGGGACGUCGUGCUGGAUUGCCUGGAGGACCGGCGGAUCGCGCUCGAGGCCGCCUGCUGCCCGUGCUACCGGUUUGGCAAGAACAUGCGGAGAGCCAAUCUCGGAUCUUGCUUCCUUCAGGGAAUGGUUUACUUCAUUCUGUUAGCGGCUAUUCUGGUCAGCCUAAUUGCCUUUUCAGUAACAAGGCAUCAUAUAUAUUUAUAUAUGGGACUUGGCUCUGUCCUCUUGAUUGCGAUCUAUACUGGUUACUUCCGGAGAAGAAUCAGGAAGCAAUUCAACAUCCGGGGUACCGAGAGCAGUCUGGAUGAUUGUGUUCUCCAUCUCAUAUGUCCCUGCUGUACGCUGUGCCAGGAGGGUAGAACUUUGGAGAUGAAUAAUGUCCAGUGUGGUGUCUGGCACGGACGAGGUGAUACCAUUUGUUUAGGGAGCAACGGUGAAGGAAACAAGGCUUUCGCUGCCCUGAAGAAGGCCUCGCUUGUGCCUAUAAAGUCCCCAGGGUUGUGUGGCAUGGACAGAACAUCAAAUGCAGCUGACGAGCACGAGCCGCUCGUCCCACCAGACCAACUGGAUCAGGUAUAAGGAACAGUAUAAUUGGUACUCUGUAUCACCACAACCUCUGCGCAUUCCAAGGGCUUGGACUGUCCUGCGAGAAAAUCAUCUGUACGGCACUUCUGCGCCUUCUUAUUGUGUUCUUCAAUCCAGUGACAUGCUGGACUUUGCAGCAAGUCAGCAAACCUACAUGGUUGUUGGGCGCAAUCGGCCUGUUGUUGUAAAAUUCAGUGAUAGUUUUUAUUGUGCAAUCGGUUUAUUUAGGUCCAAGACCGUAUCUGCAUAAUGUCACACGUGCUCAGGGCUUUUGCCUGCAAAGCAUCCAACUGUAAAUUUCUGAUACAUAGACAUGAAUGAAAUGGAAGGUUUUCUUCA